AUGCGGGAUUACUGUGGCGAAUUGCGAACGGUCAAUUUGCUGGGAUGCUUUAUCGUCGAUGAAACAGUAGCCGAUCUGGCAGCUGGAUGUCUCCAGCUUGAAUACCUUUGUUUGUCCAGAUGCACACAGAUCACCGACAGAGCGCUUAUUUCACUUGCCAAUGGCUGCCACAGGUUAAAGGAUCUCGAAUUAGCCGGUUGUGCUCUUCUGACGGAUCAGGGUUUCGGUGCAUUAGCAAAAAAUUGCCAUGAAAUGGAAAGAUUGGAUCUUGAAGAUUGCUCGUUGUUAACAGAUGUUACACUGGAUAAUUUCAGCAAAGGGUGCCCGUGUCUUCUAAAUCUGGUGAGUUAA